AUGUUACAUGAUCAGCCCAUCCUCAUAAAAGCUCGUCUCAAUCCUGUGGUUUUCAAUUCUUUGUGCCGUACUCUUGAGUUGGUUCUUCGCGUCUCUCUCGCGUUUCCCGUACACACUCCAUUUGCUAGAUCAUUCAUCCAAGUAAUCACUAGUAAUCAUGAGCAACGAAGAAGAGAAGAGUUAAAGCCCUGCAAAUGUGGUUAUGAGGUGUGUGUUUGGUGUUGGCAUCACAUAAUGGACAUGGCAGAGAAGGAUGCAACAGAGGGACGUUGUCCUGCGUGUCGCACACCUUAUGAUAAGGAUAGAAUUGUAGGGUUGGAAGCAAAUUUUCAGAGGGUAUCUGCCAAUAGUUCUAGUCGAAAACAAAAGCAACCAAAGGCAAAGCAAAAACCAAAUGAACCAAGGAAGGAUCUCAGCAAUGUUCGGGAUCGAAGAAAAAGAGGAAGCUUGAGAAAAGAAGUGAGCUGA